GGUUGUUUCCAUGGUAACAGACAACACACAAAGGCUUGCAGAGGACAGCGGUGCCACCUGGUCAAUAUGUCUUACCGAGGGUUAGUGAGCCGUGUUCCUCAGGACGAGCAGCAGAACUACGACGCUCAGCACGCCGCGGCGGAGUUCUACCGGCUGAACGGAGUCCCGCAGCAGAUAGAGACAGCUCUGAACCAGCUGCUCCUCCACCGGCCCGCCGACCUGCACGGUUACCUGGCUAAUUACUUUAGAAACCUAUGUGCACCACCAAGGAUCAGCAGCCUGAAGGGAAGGGAGGUUUAUGAUGCAAGAGGACAACUAUCCAUUGAGGCAGAAGUCUUCUGCGUCGUCUGGAACAAGGACACGAGCAUGUCCUCAGCUGCUGUCUCCAGCCUCUUUGGGCCGAAGGAGACAUCGGUGGACUGGAAAGCAAAGAGUCAGGAGAGGGCUGACCAUGUGAUGACUGCUGCCCAGUGGAUCAAUGGACCUCUGAACAACAUGCUGAAGGGACAAAACCCCUGUGACCAAUCAGAUAUUGACCAUACACUCAGCAAUUUCUUCAUGGCCCGCUACCUGGAGGAGAAGGACAUCCGGAACAAGGAGCAGGAGGAUUCACCCAGUGAGCCUGACGUGGUGCCGUCUUCUCCUGCACUGACUAAAGACAAGAAGAAUGUUGAUAAAGGCAAAAAGAGCAGCGCUGCAGAGAAGCCUUUUCCUCCAGCAGAGCCAUCGGAACCGGUUUUGCCUGGGAGCUCGGCCAUCGGCUCGGUGUCUCUGGCUGUGGCCAAAACUGGGGCAAAAAUACUUGGUAUCCCUCUCUACAAAUACAUAACAGCUCUGAAGAACACAGAGGCUCCGACACAGUUUCACAUGCCGGUCUCUCUGGUAACUUUGCUGAGCUGCGGAAAGACUUCUCCUGGAAAGCUGAGUUUACUGGAGGAAGUCAUCCUGAUCCCCAGAGCUGGACAACGAGUCAAACAAGUACUCACCACUCACGUGUUCUAUCCGUUGAUCAUCACAAUGACCCUUGAGUUACAGAAGGAGAUGACGAGAAUAAUGAACUCUUCAACAAAAGCCGGGGCCGCCCAGGCAAUGCUGUGUGACAGCGGAGCGCCGGCUGUGACCUACGAGCGUCCUGAGCAGCCUCUAGAUCUGAUCACUGAAGCUUGCGCUAACUUUGGACUGGCGUUGGGAACAGAGAUCCAUUUGGCGCUGAACUGUGCUGCCCCUGAGUUAAUGGACUAUUCUAAAGGAAAGUAUGAAAUUGCAACCGGAGUUUUGAAGUCUCCAGAUGAAUUAGUUGAUAUGUACCAAACCCUCAUCAGCAAAUACCCAGCAGUGGUGGCCUUAAUCGAUCCAUUUAGGAGAGAGGACAUAGACCAGUGGAAGAAGCUGAGCAACGUGAUCGGAGAUUCGUGCUCGCUGCUCUCUGACAUCACGUACAAGUCAAAGGCCCCGCCCCUUCCAGGAGUCAGCGGUCACAUCUUAAAACACUCUGAUGAGAUGACAGUCAGUGAUUUGAUCUGCAUCACAUCUGAGCACCAAGGUUCAGUGUUAAUGGGAACAACGUGCAGUGAGCCCUGCAGUGACGACUGUUUGUCAGAUAUAGCUGUGGGUCUGGGCCUGGACUAUGUCAAACUGGGAGGUCUGAGCGGUGCUGAGAGGAUGACUAAAUACAACCGGCUGAUUUCUAUAGAGGAAGAACUGGCCCAACAGGGAAUCCUGGUCUCCGAGGAGAGGCGCCCCCCUCCGCUGUUCACUGAGAAACCACAGGAGCAGUCCGCUGCUGCAGAGAGUGUACCGUCUGACACGGCCUGCUCCCAGCUGCCGGUUUUAUCCACGAAAUAGGAACGAUUUUAAAAAA